CCUUAUUUUCAGUUAUUACAAAAAAAUCACUAGAAAGAACUAUGAGUCAUAGCUGCUGCCUCUCUUACUAUGCCACGUUUACGGCUAUAAAGUUGCACGUCGUUGCUACGUACAAAAUGAAUCUUCCUUGGAUAUUGCAGUCCUUGUAAUGCAGCAAAGUGUCGAUUUACUUUACUUUCUUCUUUUUUUCCGGUUAAAUAAAAACCAUCCACCAUGUAUCUUUAUGAAUUAUGACCAGUCAAAACACUUGGCUUCCACUCUAUGCUCUUAGAUGUCACUCGAGUGUCUUUUUUCCACUUCCGUAAGUUCCACUGUUCUUUAUUUCAGCUAAAUAUCUUCUUAUCCAAUCUUUAAUUCAUGUUUCCAGCCGACACUUUCACACUUGUCUCCAAUUUUCUGCUGCCACGCUUUACCAUUCUUACCCGAAAAUCCUCAAUUCCAUUUGUCACUUACCACCUGUUAUGCCCCGAGUUAGCCUUUUCUUACUUCUCCUUUGCCUAUAUAAAUCCCUACUCCAUGCAGCUCUUUACCAUCACAAAACCAAACUUAAUUACUUCUUGUGAUUGCAAUAGCAAAAUACAAGUGAAAAACAGUGGUUCCUUUUUUUUUUGUCCCUGUUUGUAAGUGUUUUUGAGUGUUGAUCAGAGAGAGAAAGGAGAUGGCACAAUACGGUGACCAAGACCAAAUGCGCCAGACUGAUGAAUAUGGAAACCGCGUCCAAGAAACUGGGGGCAUGGGAACUGGAGGCUAUGGAACUCACCAAGGUACUGGUAUGGGGGGCAUGGGUGCCACUGGUGGUAUGGGAGACACUGGUGGAAUGGGGGCCAUGGGUGGAGGUACUGGCACUGGAAUGGGUAUGGGCACUGGUGGAACUCACGGCACUGGUACGGGCAUGGGUAUGGGUACUGGUCACCAUGAGGGACAACAGCAGCUUCGUCGAUCCGACAGCUCUAGCUCUUCGGAGGAUGAUGGACAAGGUGGGAGGAGAAAGAAGGGCAUAAAGGAGAAGAUAAUGGAGAAGAUGCCAGGAGGACAUGGCCAACAGGAAGGCACUGAAUAUGGUCAACAUGGGCAAACAACUACUACUACUACUUAUGGUACUACUGAAGAAGCUGGAGAGAAGAAGGGAAUGAUGGACAAAAUCAAGGACAAGAUCCCUGGGAUGCAUUGAACAAUAUGUUGAUCAUCCUUUGUUUUCAUUUUCAGCUUAUGAAUAAGUGUCUAAAAAUUAGUGCCUGAUUUUAUUUCAUGCACUGAUUAGUAGUAAGUGUGAUGUGAGUUAUUUCCAAUGUUGUGUGUUUAAGGGCAGUGUGCUCACGCCAUGGUGUAUAUCGGCGGCCAUGCCCGGUCCUUUUCUGUAAUUCUCAAGGAAAGUGCGUCUACUGUGGUGUAUAAGGGAUUUUGCUUCCAUGCCUGGAAAGCAGUGAUGCCCAUGUCCAUCAUGUUAAUGUGUUGUGGUCCCAUCUUUAAUGAUGUUUUGGAAAUAAUGUUAAGUUUAAAUUGUGCUA